CCGGCCCCGCUGUCAGGCAGCCAGGGCAGCAGCGGGGCGCGAGCGCGGCGCCCGCAGGCCUCGGACCCCCCCCCCCAGCGCGCCGAGCCGAGCCGAGCCGGGCCGGGCCGGGCCUGACCGAGGCAGGGCGCGGACAGACCGACCCGCCUGGCGCCCGCCCGCCCGCAGCCAUGGCGCUGCCGCCCCCCCCCGCGCCGGCCCGGGGCCGCUGAGGCGCAGGCAGCGCGACCCCCCCGCAGGGAUGGAGCGAAGGGGGCCGGCGGGGCCGCAGAGCCUGGACUUCACGGUGGAGAACGUGGAGCAGGCACUCCAUCAGUUGUAUUAUGACCCAAAUAUUGAGAACAAGAACCUGGCUCAGAAAUGGCUGAUGCAGGCACAGGUCUCACCCCAGGCAUGGCACUUCAGCUGGCUCCUCCUCAAUCUGGACAAGGUGCCAGAGAUCCAGUACUUUGGGGCCAGCGCCCUCCACAUCAAGAUCUCCCGCUACUGGAACGACAUCCCUGCUGACCAGUACGAGAGCCUCAAGUCACAACUCUUCAGCCAGAUCACCCGCUUUGCCAGUGGCUCCAAGAUAGUGCUUACCCGGCUCUGUGUGGCGCUGGCCUCGCUGGCGCUCAGCAUGAUGCCUGACGCCUGGCCCUGUGCUGUGGCGGACAUGGUACGCAUGUUCCAGGCAGAGGACUCCAAUGUGGAUGGACGGGCACGCUGCCUGGCACUCCUGGAACUGCUGACAGUACUGCCUGAGGAGUUCCAGACUAGCCGCCUGCCUCAGUACCGCAAAGGGCAGGUACGCAGCGUGCUGGCCCAGGAGUGUGGCUCUGUCUUCCCUUUGCUGGAGCAGCUGCUGCAGCAGCAGGACUCCCCGGGUUUCAUCAAGCAGAAGGUGCUGAAGUGUUUCUCCAGCUGGGUGCAGCUGGAGAUCCCGCUAAUGGACUGCGAGAACCUGAUCCAGGCAGCCUUCACCUCCCUGCAGGACCCGGAGCUCUUCGACACGGCUGUGGAGGCCAUCGUCAAUGCCAUUUCCCAGCCGGAUGCCCAGAGGUACGUGAACACUCUACUGAAGCUCAUUCCCCCCGUGCUGGGCCUCCAGGAGCAGCUGCGCCAGGCUGUCCAGGGUGGAGACAUGGAGACGUCUCAUGGGAUCUGCCGUAUUGCUGUGGCCCUGGGAGAGAACCAUUCCCGAGCCCUGCUGGACCAGGUGCAGCAUUGGCAGAGUUUCCUGGCGCUGGUCAACAUGAUCAUGUUCUGCACUGGUAUCCCUGGGCACUACCCUGUCAACGAAACCACCAGCUCCCUGACGCUCACCUUCUGGUACACGCUGCAGGACGACAUCCUGUCCUUCGAGCCGGACAAGCAGGCCGUGUACCAGCAGGUUUACCGGCCCGUCUACUUCCAGCUGGUGGACGUGCUGCUGCACAAAGCCCAGUUCCCCUCCGACGAGGAGUACGGGUUCUGGUCCUCGGAUGAGAAGGAGCAGUUCCGGAUCUACAGAGUGGACAUCUCCGACACCCUGAUGUACGUGUACGAGAUGCUGGGAGCAGAGCUGCUGAGCAGCCUCUACGACAAGUUGGGCCGCCUCCUCACCAGCACAGAUCAGCCGUCCUCAUGGCAGCACACGGAAGCCUUACUCUACGGGUUCCAGUCCAUCGCAGAGACCAUAGACGUGAACUACUCUGACGUGGUGCCGGGUCUGAUUGGCCUCAUCCCCCGGAUCAGUAUCAGCAACGUGCAGCUGGCCGACACUGUCAUGUUCACCAUCGGGGCCCUGUCCGAGUGGCUGGCUGACCACCCCGUCAUGAUCAACAACGUGCUGCCCCUGGUGCUCCAGGCCUUGGGCAACCCAGAGCUCUCCAUUUCCAGCGUCUCCACCCUAAAGAAGAUCUGUCGGGAGUGCAAGUACGACCUGCCCCCCUACGCUGCCAACAUCGUUGCUGUGUCCCAGGACGUGUUAAUGAAGCAGAUCCACAAGACGAGUCAGUGCAUGUGGCUGAUGCAGGCUCUGGGCUUCCUGCUCUCGGCGCUGCAAGUGGAGGAGAUCCUGAAGAACUUGCAUUCUCUCAUCACUCCCUACAUCCAGCAGCUGGAAAAGCUGGCUGACGAAACACCCAACCCCUCCAACAAACUGGCCAUCAUCCACAUCCUGGGCCUGCUCUCCAACCUCUUCACCACGCUGGACAUCAGCCACCAUGACGACGACCACGAGAGCACAGAGGUCAAGAAGCUGCCUGUGCCUCAGGGACCCAACCCGGUGGUGGUGGUUUUACAGCAAGUCUUCCAGCUCAUCCAGAAGGUUCUGAGCAAGUGGCUGAACGAUGCCCAGGUGGUGGAGUCUGUCUGCGCCAUCUUUGAGAAGUCCGUGAAGACCCUGCUCGAUGACUUUGCCCCCAUGGUUCCCCAGCUGUGUGAGAUGCUGGGUCAGAUGUACAGCACCAUCCCCCAAGCGUCUGCACUGGACCUCACUCGGCAGCUGGUUCACAUCUUUGCACAUGAGCCUGCCCACUUCCCUCCCAUCAAAGCCCUCUUCCUGCUCGUCACCUCCGUCACGCUCACCCUCUUCCAGCAAGGGCCCAGGGAUCAUCCUGAUAUUGUUGAUUCAUUUAUGCAACUCCUGGCACAGGCUCUCAAAAGGAAGCCUGACCUGUUCCUGUGCAGCAGCCUGGAUGUCCAAGCGGUGUUCCAGUGUGGUGUUCUCUCCUUGAAGUUCCCUGAGGCCCUGACUGUCAAAGCUUCCUGUGGCUUUUUUACGGAGCUGCUGCCUCGGUGUGGAGAAGUCCCCCCUGUGGGGCAGGUGGUGCAUGAGAAUGGCAAGCUGCUGCUGCAGGCUGUGCUGGAGGGCAUCGGGGGCCAGGCCUCCCGCAGCCUGAUGGAUCACUUUGCAGAGAUCCUCUUCGCCCUGAGCAAGCACUGCUUCAGCUGCCUGAGCGUCUGGAUGAAGGCGGCCAUGCAGCAGGAGGGCUUCCCCUCGGCCCGCCUCAGCCCAGAGCAGAAAGACACCUUCAGCCAGCAGAUCCUCAGAGAGCGCGUGAACAAGAGGCGUGUGAAGGAGAUGGUGAAGGAGUUCACCCUGCUGUGCCGGGGGCUGCAUGGCACAGAGUACACAGCCGACUACUGAGAGUCCCGCCGGGAAAGCAGACGGAUCGCCCAAGCCAGCUCUUCCCCGCACGGCAGCCCCGUCCUCCCUGCCCUGCUGCAAUCCAGCUUGUAGAAUAACCCUCCACCUCGAAGUAACCUGCUCCGAACGCUGCUCAGCUACCAUCCUCCGGUCCCCCAGCAUGCUCCCCCGCAGAGGCUGGGAGCGGGCGGCAGCGGCUGCAGGACAUGGCGGGGAGACUGGACAGACGGACCUGGCACAGUGACUGCCCUUCCCGUGUUCUGGAGUCCCGACAGGAGGCUGCCCCUAGCGUGUCCAUGGUGGUGACCGUCCCGCACCAGGGCCCUUGCCCUCUGGCCAUGUGUGUGUGGUUUGGGGGAGCCCUGCACCUAAUUAUAGUCAGGAUAUUUCUA